CUUUUAUGUUUGGGAGUGUUUGAAUCGUACCUUGAUUCGAGUCGGCCGACGUGUGAAUCGGAUCACCACUCGCCUUGAGGCAGCCAAAGAGAUGUUCGAAACUGAUGGACGUCGUUCUACAUCCUCAAGUCCUGACCGGCGUCACAGAAUCAACGGUGCUGACGACGAUGAUGACGAGGACGAUCCGGACGCUGAUCCAGUCAGGCGACGACGAUUAGGCAGCAGGUCUGGUGGGAACGGUAGUAGGCGCUCUGACCGGCGUCACCUCGUCACCGGUUGUGAGCUCAUUUCAUCGGACGAGGAAGACGAUCUUGGAGGCAUCAAACUCUCAUCUGGCAGUCGUGUAGCGCGUUUGGAGGAGUCUCGCUGCGAAGCUGUUCGGAGCCAGUGCGCAGUCCUCACUUUACUACUUCACCGACAUGCACGUCUCAUGUCCGAGUUGGCGUCGGAGAUUGCGGGUGAGGAACUGGGUUUCUCUGCUGCAGGAUCAUCUUCGGCGUUGCUUCACAGCUCUGGCCAGAAGCUUGGACUUUCUAAAGAGACUUUGCAACAUGUCGCCUUCUGGCUCAAAGGCAGAUUGGUCCAAGUUGUACUUGAGCAUUAUGACCAACUGAUCCCGUAUCUGGACAAUUUGGACGAAUUCAUCUGCGGUGCUCAUCCGGAGGUGCAAGAUGUUUUUCAGCAACUUCGUGCACUUCAUGCCUGAGUAUGUACUCCAUAUUUUCUUGACGACAUUGAGUUCAACGAUCUGCCCACCUCAAUCUGGAACCCGGCCUGCCAAUCAGAAUGCCGCUUGUGGAGAGUUCCUAGUGGCAUUCUAUGUCCUCACUGUGUCCACUUUUUGAAUUUGUACCUAUUUCUGCAUUUCCAAAUUCAGCGUAUAUGUACGCAUGCGGUUGUUAUCUUUUAGUUCAACUUAUGCACGAAGUGCUAAGUGCUAACCGCAGAACUAGUUCUUCUCGAUCCCCGUGUUUCUUCCCAAGGAGGACUUUCGCUCAUGUCACUUUGAAUUAACGUCAUUGGGAUCUAACCAAGGUUAACCAGGGCAGCCACCCAGACCACUUUCGCUGGUUCUGAAAGCUAAGCGCAUUCAUCAAGGUCAUUUGAAAUCUUUUUCAAAUUUUCGCUUCUAUCUCUGAUGGAAAUUGUUUGUAUGUUUCCCGUCCAUUUAUUGAUAUUUUGCAAAUCACGCUGAACUGCCAACUGUAUCAGUACUCAUUUUUACGAAGGAGAGUUUUAGAUAAAAGUAUCUAUUUUGUCGGAGAAUCUGAA